AGAAUAGCCCAAGAACCAUUCAAUUAAUCACACAUUUAAAAGCAUUUAUCUAGGCCACAUGGUCGUACUGUGUAGUCUGUUGGAUGAAAGCGCGCAUGGAAUAGGCCUAGCGUAAUUAAAAGGGCCUAAUGCUGCCACCUUUAUUAAACUACUAAAUGCAAAACAAAAAAUGUAUAAUUACCAUCAUACAAGUAUACUGUUGAUUCUCUCUCAUAUUCCAUCUUUUUUACACCCUUGUAUUCAAAAUAACUGUGCCCUAUGCUUAGAUAGGCUACGGCAUGUGUGGUCGAGCCGCCAGUGAUGUAGCUCGAUGAUGUCAGACCGCGCUGAGCACUGAGCUUAACGAAAUCGGAGGCUCCGCGACUGUCUGCCCUAUAAAACGCGGGCGGUUCACGCCCUAGUUUAAAACAUUUUCUAGUCGUGGUAAGAAAUAACAACAAUGGACAGCGAUGACGACAACAUUGAGGAGGUUGUAGAGGGCCCCUUGGAUGAGAAUGACCAACCACAUGGAUUCUGCAUGGUCACCUACUCCUCCAGUGAUCGCUUUGAGGGACACUUUGUCCAUGGAGAUAAGAAUGGAAAAGGGAAAUUCUUCUUUUUCGAUGGGAGCACGUUGGAGGGCUACUACAUGGAUGAUGCUCUUCAGGGCCAGGGUGUGUAUCGGUACGAGGACGGCGGGGCUCUGCACGGGACCUAUGUGGACGGGGAGCUGAAUGGCCCAGCGCAGGAGUACGACCAGGAUGGGCAGCUCAUCUUCAAGGGCCAGUACAAAGACAACAUGCGCUGUGGCCUGUGCUGGUUCUACUACUCUGACCGGGGUUGUGUGGUGGGAGAGGUGAACGAUGAGGGCGAAAUGACGGGGAAGCAGGUGGCGUACGUGUACCCAGACGGCAACAUGGCUCUGCUGGGCAGCUUUGUGGACGGGGAGCUGAUCGAGGCUCGGCUCGCCCGUCUGACUGUGCAAGAGAGUGGCCGACCACGCUUUGAAAUAGUAGAUGACCGAACUGUUUACUCUUAUGACAAAUCCACUUCUACCUGCAUUGCUAACCACAGACUUCUCCCUGAUCCAUAUGAGAGCCAAAAUGUGUAUGUAGGACAGUCACUGAUCUCAGGAGCAGGUGAAGGUCUGUUUACCAAGAUGGAUGCUGAUCCAGACACUGUCAUGGCCUUUUAUAAUGGAGUUCGCAUAACACACUCUGAGGUGGACAGUCGUGAUUGGUCGGUGAAUGGUAACACUAUCUCUCUGGAUGAGGACACAGUCAUCGAUGUUCCUGGGCCCUUUAAUCAGACGGACAAAUACUGCGCCUCGCUCGGUCACAAGGCCAACCAUUCCUUCACCCCCAACUGCAAAUAUGACCCAUUUAUGCAUCCUCGCUUCGGCCUCAUCAAAUGCAUUCGGACAAUCCGGGCUGUGCAGAAAGACGAGGAGCUCACUGUCGCCUACGGCUAUGACCAUGAGCCUUCUGGGAAAUCUGAGCUGCCGGCGCCAGAGUGGUACAUCAAGGAACUCCAGGAGUUCCAGGAGCGGAAUGGCGAAGUGCCGGCGGGCAUGAAAGCAUGCUAAUGACACUAGCCACUCUGUGUGCGCCUUACCUGCCCCCUUUCAGUUGCCACCUCACCCCUUACACUUAACUCGGCAGAUUUUCCUGGGUCCACACACCUGAUGUUCUGCCUCUUCACCCAUGUCUGUCUCUCGCCAUCUCGCUCAGCUGUUACCCACAGCCCAGGCACAUUCCUGUGUGGGCUCAUCCUGGCUUUGCACCCUCCCAGACUUGCUAGUAGUUGACGGCUACAAUGUUACAAUACCCUACUCCUGUCCCCUCACCCCAACCCACCCUAGACCAGUAUCCCUCCCUGUCGUCACCUAUUCUGUAGCAAUCGCCUGAAUGUAACCUGGUCCCCAGCAACACCCCCACCCCUUUCUCCUCUACCCUACCAAUUGGUCCAAUAUAACCAUGUUUGCUGUCUCCGUGCAAGUGAAGUCAUCAGUUGCUCCAGCUUUUUCACAGUGAAGCCAAUGAUGUCUGGAGCCACUUGUGAGUGAAACAGUGGUGUUUACAGGGACAUUGCAGGAAGCCUUGAAGAUCAGCACAAUACUGUGGCUACAGUCAGCCACUGAACAUCACACACACACCCACAUGCACACUAGCCCCAGAGGAACUAUGCACACAUCGUCCAACCAGGUGCUCUGCAUCCUAUACAGAUCUGUGCUUGGAUCAUACUUCCGCAUCAGUGCUGUGAUCAGGACAGUGGGAUGAAAUGGACUGUUUUGUGAUGGAUUGAAUCACUCAAGGCUUCCACUGAAUACUAAAGGAACUAACUAAAAUAUAAACCUGUGAGAAGUCUGCUCAGGUCUGUGCAAGCGGGAGUUUUCUUGUUACUUUUUUUAUUUAUAGUACAGCGAGUUGUACUCUAUCACUCCCUUAGACAGACUUGUUUCACUGGAGCUACAGUAAUACAACCAUUAGUAUUAUUUGUUACAUUAUUUUCCUCUUUGCCUUGUAUUAUUAAUAUACCAUUUCUCUGCUUACUGACAUGUUACUGAUUAUGAAUGGAGGACCAUUUACAAGUGUGAGUGUGAGAGUGGUAUGCCUGAACGUGCAAGCGGUAACAACUGGAGUACAUUGUUUAGAGUGUGGGUAAUAGCAAGUGUUGACGUUUUCUGCUGUAAUCCAGACCAUACUGAAUAAAAAAGUUACCACAGCU